ACACCAUUCAUCUAACAACUUGCCACACUUGAAUCUACUCAAGCUAUCUAGCUCCAUCAGUAAUCGGUCGAGCAUACAGUUAGCUGAUCGGUCCAUGGAGCGGCGAGCAGGGGGAGGAGGUGGAGCAGCCGCGACGUCGCUGGACCUGCCGGGGUUCCGGUUCCACCCGACGGAGGAGGAGCUGCUGGAGUUCUACCUCAAGCAGCAGGUCAUGGCCGGCGGCCGCACCAACAGCAGCAACAAGAAGCAGCAAAUCAGCUUCGACAUCAUCCCAACAGUGCAUCUGUACCGGCACGAUCCCUGGGACCUGCCGGCGCUCGCCGCCAUCGCCAGCGAGCGGGAGUGGUACUUCUUCGUGCCCCGCGACGGCGCCCGAGGGAAGGUCCAGGGUGGCGGGAGGCCCAGCCGGACCACGGAGCGCGGGUUCUGGAAGGCCACGGGGUCCGACCGCGCCGUGCGGUGCGCCGCCGACCCCAAGCGCCUCGUGGGGCUCAAGAAGACGCUGGUCUACUACCAGGGCCGCGCGCCCCGGGGCGCCAAGACCGACUGGGUCAUGAACGAGUACCGCCUACCCGAAGUGGUGGACGGCAAGGCCGACCUGCAGCAGGAGGUGGUGCUCUGCAAGGUCUACCGCAAGGCCGUGUCGCUCAAGGAGCUUGAGCAGCGGGUCGCCAUGGAGGAGCUCGCGCGCACCCGCCAUUCCGUCUCCCAGUCCCACUCACACUGCAGCGCCGCCUCACCGGACGACUCGUCGUCAUCGGCGUCGGAGGUUGUCCACGAGGCUGCCGCCGCCACCGCCGCAGGAGUGAAGAAAGAGGAGGUGUCAGUGGCAGCCGUGGCGAGGCCGGCGGCGAUGAGGCUGCCGCAGCUGGAGACGCCGCGGGGGCCCGGCGGCGGGCUGGAGUGGAUGCAGGACCCGUUCCUGACGCAGCUGAGGAGCCCCUGGAUGGAGAGCCUCUGCUUGUCUCCCUUCUACGCCAGCAGCGUCCUCAACUUCUAGAACCAGAGUAAUAGUAAUUAACUAGUCGGUUAAUCCAUGGAGCCAUUUCAAACUUCACAGGUCGUGAAUAUAUGAUGAUCGAAUACAAGGUAUAUACAGUUAUGUAAUCAGAUACUACAUAUUGUAAGAUAUAGAACAUGGGCACCGCUGCACGGCGUCAGACGCGGAUCUCACAACUCGAGCUUUUGGGACCGACUGCCGAGUGGACUGGUUGCUGCAUCAAAUUCAAUACAAGAUGAAGAUAGAGAAAAGGGAUGGUGCCUACUUUCACCGUCUAAAAAUAGGUAUCUCAACUUUAUCUAGAUACGGAUAUAUCUCUAAUUGGAUAAAAGUAAGAGAUCUAUUUUUAGAUGGAGUGAGUACUAUUUCAGAAUGUAUGUAGGUAGAACAACCUCGGUGGAAACACAAUUAACUAUGGUAAAAGGAUGGUUGUACCGAAAAUGACCAUCUUUUCUAUUAAAAGGAGACUAUGACCAUUUCUGACUA